UUUAUAACCAGAGUCAGCGGUGCUGCUCUCUGCUCUCUGCUCCUCACAGACCUGCCUGUCUCAGUGUGGACCAGCUGAACAGAAACAACCAUGGCACCUGCAAAGAACAGGGUGUUUGUCGUCGGUGUGGGCAUGACCAAGUUUGAAAAGCCUGGAGCCCGAGGCGACUAUGAUUAUCCUGACAUGGCCAAGGAAGCAGGUCAAAAUGCUCUAGCAGAUGCAGGAGUCCCGUAUUCUGCCAUUGAACAAGCCUGUGUAGGAUAUGUCUAUGGGGACUCCACAUGUGGGCAGAGGGCCAUUUACCACAGCCUUGGCCUGACCGGGAUCCCCAUCAUCAACGUCAACAAUAACUGCUCCACAGGCUCCACUGCUCUCUUCAUGGCUCGCCAGCUGGUUAAGGGAGGUCUUGCCGACUGUGUGCUGGCCCUCGGCUUUGAGAAGAUGGAGAGGGGCUCUUUGUCCUCAAAGUUUAUGGACAGGACCAAUCCAAUGGACAAGCACAUGGAGGUGAUGAUCAACCGCUACGGGAUGGUGGCAGCUCCAGCAGCCGCACAGAUGUUCGGUAACGCUGGCAGGGAGCACAUGGAGAAAUAUGGCACAAAACCGGAACACUUUGCCAAAAUUGCCUGGAAAAACCACAAGCAUUCCACCAACAACCCGUAUUCCCAGUUCCAGGAUGAGUACAGCUUGGAGCAGGUGAUUAACUCCCGGAAGGUGUUUGACUUCCUUACUCUGCUGCAGUGUUGCCCGACGUCAGAUGGUGCCGGAGCAGCAGUUUUGGCCAGCGAAGCCUUCGUCAGGAAACACCGUCUGGAGAAGCAGGCAGUGGAGAUUGUGGCCCAAGAGAUGGUGACUGACCUCGCCUCCACGUUUGAAGAAAACAGCUGCAUUAAGAUGGUGGGAUAUGACAUGUCUCGGUCGGCUGCCAAAAAGUGUUAUGAAGCUGCAGGUCUGAAGCCCAGUGACGUGGAUGUGGUUGAGCUGCACGACUGCUUCUCAGCCAAUGAGCUCAUCACGUAUGAGGCUCUGGGGCUCUGUCCAGAGGGUAAAGCAGGAGAGCUGAUUGACAGAGGGGACAACACGUAUGGAGGCCAGUUUGUGGUCAACCCCAGUGGAGGUCUAAUCUCUAAAGGACAUCCUCUGGGUGCCACAGGUCUGGCCCAGUGUGCAGAGCUGUGCUGGCAGCUCCGAGGGCGGGCGGACAGGAGACAGGUCCCGGGGGCUAAAGUGGCCUUGCAACACAACAUUGGCUUAGGAGGCGCUGUCGUUGUCGCUCUCUACAGGCUGGGAUUCCCUCAGGAGUCCAGUUCCCACGUAGGUGCGGUGCCCACCAGCUCAGCCAGCGGUCUGGAGGGGUUUAAAGCAUACCCUGUCUUCAAAGAGAUAGAAAAGCGUCUACAGGAGGACGGAGAGCAGCUUGUCAAGAAGAUCGGCGGAGUGUUUGCCUUUAAAGUGAAGGAUGGACCAGAUGGGAAAGAGGGGACUUGGGUUGUCGAUGUGAAAAAUGGCAAAGGUUCUGUCACCACUGACCCAGGUAAAAAGGCGGACUGCACCUUAUCCAUGAGUGACGAGGAUCUGAUGGAACUGAUGACAGGAAGGUUGAAUCCACAAACGGCCUUCUUCAAAGGGAAGCUGAAGAUCACUGGGAACAUGAGCAUCGCUAUGAAGCUGCAGAACCUGCAGGUUACUCCGGGGAAGGCCAAGCUGUGAGACCCUAAGCUGGCGUUGUGUCCUCUGAGCAGCACUUCAAGGAUUCCUCCCAUUGCACUUUGCUAAUCAACGAGGUCAAGGAAAACUUUCGUUUGAUCUUGAGAGAUCGAUAAAGUUUUAAUUCCAGCUGCUAAUUUAAAAUCAGAGCACACUCACUGCAUAGAAUAUAUAUAGUUUUAAAUAUCCUGUUAUGUUGUUAAUCUACUUAACCUAUCAUCCUAAAGUCUGAUAUCAUUUCUGAAACAUCCAUCGUCUCUAAUAUGCUUAUAUGCAACAUCAGUGCAAAUUUUGAACAUAUGUGAUGCUCCUCCAUGUUUAGUCAAAACACUUAAUGUGCCUCUGAUUUCUCUCGAUGAAAUUAAGAUUGUGGUUUGAAGCUAUUUUUGGUCUCAACCAUUUUGAUAGAUAAUAUGUAUUUAAUAUAAGUCUGUAAAUGAUAGCAAUUAUCUAAUAAAAUGAAUCUUUUUCUGACAAUAAAAA